GAUAUUUUGUCGAUAUAAUAUUAUCAAUGAAAUCAAUACUUAUUGCCCUUCUUGUUAUUGCAGUCAUCGCUGAUGAAGCUUGUGUUAAGGAAAAAUGCCCAAAGGAAUAUAAUGCUUGUGUUGCAGAAGUCUUUGGUUGUGCUUCAAAGGCUUUAGGAUGCAAGAAUAAAUGCGGAGAAACAGACCCAUGCUAUGGAAACUGUGUUUAUGAAUCCAAAAAUUAGAAAUUGAUUGCCUUGUAAAUAUUUAUCAAGAAAUUAUUAGAUAUGAAUGCGGUAAAAUUUAUUGCCCAAAUUCUGCCUAUUGGAAUCACAUUCUUAAUGGAUGUAAUGUUGAAUAAUGUGUUGCUGACUUCUAAGCUGAAUGCUUAUCAUCAGUUAACCUAAGAUCAGUAGAAUGCUUAAUGAGUUUUUCAUAAAACCAUCCUGAAUGCGAUUGCUUAAAUGAAUGAUGCUAUUAUACAGUUUAAAUUUCAUAUAUAUACAAAAAAACAG